AUGGGUCCUGCGUACUCAAGCUCCCGGCUUCCACUUGGAGAGGUGUGCUGCGGGGCUACUGGCUGUGGGCUUCACAUCUGGACCGCCUGGCUACUGUCCUGUGCGGCCUCGCAGUGGGAUUUCUACGUCUGGUCGGCGUUCCCCCCCACCCUUCCCGCGGUGACGGUUAUGGGUCGGAAGCGGUGUGUCGGUGCAGAUUGUUCCAAGAUGGCGGCCGGGUGCUGCGGGGUGAAGAAGCAGAAACUGUCGGGAUCGCCCGGAUCGGGGGGUCCCGGCGGGGUGGGGGCGGGAAGCGGGGUGGCAGGAACCGGACAUUGUGGCUCGGAGUUGGGGAUUGGCUCCUCCGCGACGGUUGCAGCAACGGCGAACGUGAGCAGAGCCAACGGCCUGGGGGGACCCGGGGGUAACGUUAGCGGCAGCAGUAGUAGUAGUGGGAGCAGCGGUGGCACAAACGCUCUGUCCCCAGCCCCGGCCGGUUACACUACAUCCGGCCUCUCACCGAAUCUCAGCCCGGGACCAGGUUCGGGAAGUGGUGGCAGAAAAAUGGUUGUCUCAGCGGAGAUGUGCUGCUUCUGUUUUGACGUGCUUUAUUGCCAUCUGUACGGAUACCAACCUCCGAGAACACCCAGGUUUACAAAUGAUCCCUAUCCGCUGUUUGUCACAUGGAAAAUAGGCAGAGACAAGCGGUUGAGGGGUUGUAUAGGUACAUUUUCUGCCAUGAAUCUGCACUCAGGACUCAGGGAGUACACCCUUACCAGUGCCCUUAAAGACAGCCGCUUCCCCCCUAUGACAAGGGAUGAGCUGCCUCGCCUCUUCUGCUCAGUGUCUCUUCUCACCAACUUUGAAGACGUCGGUGAUUACCUUGACUGGGAGGUGGGUGUUCACGGUAUAAGGAUAGAGUUUUUCAAUGAAAAAGGAUCAAAACGCACCGCCACCUACCUGCCAGAGGUUGCAAAGGAGCAAGGUUGGGACCACAUUCAAACCAUAGAUUCCUUACUACGAAAGGGAGGUUACAAAGCUCCCAUCACAAAUGACUUCAGGAAGACCAUUAAGUUAACCAGGUACCGUAGCGAGAAGAUGACAAUGGGUUAUGCAGAGUACAUCGCCCACCGCCAGCACCAUCACUACCAGAAUGGCAUUGGGCACCCUCUACCACCCUACAACCAUUAUUCCUGACAGCGAGCCGCAUGACCAAUCAUUGGACCUCUCCGCGGACCUUUUCCCAGGAGAGCCUGCCCCCUCCUGGUCUAGCUAUUUCUACUACUGUACCAUUUUAUGAUGAUAGUUUCCGUUGCCAUGCUGGCCGUCUCCCAGACGUUGACAUGGCAACGGGUGGCAACGAAGCAUCAUUUGAUUACGGCAAGAAGUCCAUGUGUUUCUUUGUGUUUGCCUGUGGUUAAGUUUUUGCAGCAUAUGUAAACCUAUUAUUUACAACCCCGCCCCCACCCCCCCC